AUGUCUCCGGCACGUCCGUGCAGGGGGCUGAGGGCCGCGGUGGCUGCCAGCAUGGGGUUGAGCGAGGGGCCGGCGGGCUCAGCCCGGAGCGGGCGCCUCCUUCGCCCGCCAAGCCCGGCACCGGCGGCCCGGCUGUUGCGGCUCCCGGGGAGCGGGGCCGUGCGGGCCGCAAACCCGGAGCGCGGCGGCUAGACCGAGGCGCUGCGGGCCGCCGUGGCCGAGCUGCGCGCCGGCGCCGUGGUGGCCGUCCCCACCCAUACGCUGUACGGCCUGGCCUGCUCGGCGAGCUGCUCGGAAGCACUGGGCGCCGUGUACCGUGUCAAGGGCCGCAGCGAGACCAAGCCGCUGGCCGUAUGCCUGGGCCGCGUGGCCGACGUCUACAGGUACUGCCAUGUGAGAGUACCCGAGGGGCUCCUGAAGGACCUGUUGCCAGGACCAGUGACCCUGGUAAUGGAACGCUCAGAGGAGCUCAACAAGGACCUGAAUCCUUUCACUCCUCUUGUAGGCAUCCGGAUUCCUGACCACGCCUUCAUGCAGGACUUGGCCCAGGUGUUUGGGGGGCCACUCGCGCUCACCAGUGCCAACCUCAGCUCCCAGUCCAGCUCUCUGAAUGUUGAGGAAUUCCAGGACCUGUGGCCUCACUUGUCCUUGAUCAUUGAUGGGGGACCCACUGGGGACGGCCAGAGCCCAGAGUGUCGAUUAGGCUCAACUGUAGUUGACUUGUCUGUGCCUGGAAAGUUUGGCAUCAUUCGUCCUGGUUGUGCCCUUGAAAGUACUUCAACCAUCCUCCAGGAGUACGGGCUGCUCCCCUCACAUGGAUCCUGCUUGUGACACUCUGGAGGAGGGUGGGCCCAAUGACUGGUGCUGGACACUAUGUGUCCGACCGCUGGUAGCUGGCAAGGCCUCAUUUGCAGAGGCUGCUAGGGCUACAGUGUUAGUAGUCUGACCUUUUAAGGCAGAGUUUCUUUCUGAACUGUAUAGACCAGAACUCAGAAGCUGCUCGUUAAGCCUCACACCUGGUUUGGGAGGUUAUAUUAAUUUAUCUAUAAUUUCCUAUAUUAGCUAAAAGCUGAAUAGAAAUUUUAAGUCCAUUCCUAGGAUGGCCUGGUUCGGUUAACAGAUAGGUUUCUUCUUCCUUUGAUUUUUGAAAAAUAAAUAACCAGUUUGCAAUCUAAUGAGAACCUCUUCUCUGGUGGGUAGUGGCAUUUAAGGUCCAAAUCAGCUAACGCAUCAGUUGAUGCUUUUUUAAGAGUCUCAAGUGACCAAAGGCACUUUGUGCUUCUGAAGCUGGAACCAGGUUAGGAUAAAACCUGUGGAGCCAUAGGCCAAACACUACUUCCUCUGAACCAGGGCUGGUUCUGUGCUGUAAUUGCCUGGCAGAGUCAUCAUUUUGGUCUAAUGAUGGGAAGUAAGCUCAGUUGGGGCAGGGGGGUCCAAAUUAUUAAAAAAUGUUGGAAAAAAAAAAUGUUGGUUGUAAUUUUUAUGAAAGACAUUGCAAUAACUCUCAUGAACGGCUGUGAAAAUAGGAUUCAUUUUGAAGAAUGUAAGGGCUCCCACCCCAAUCUUUUCUUUUCUCUCCUACUGCCCUUUAAAAAUCAGGGGAAACAGUUAUGCUAUAAAAUCAGAUUCAUGGAAACAGCACUAAAUUUUUCAGUCUAGGACUCAAUGAAAAACCUAGAAACUUCUAUUUGAACGCUUCUCAUGCUUGAGAAAUUUAUACACUUAAAUACUUUGGACCUCUAAAAGUCUACUAAGAAAUUCAUAGUUGAAGAGUAGUCAUGAGCAGAAUUGAGCCACUCAUUACAUACUUAGCCUUGGUGUAAUGGAACAGUUGAUAAACUUGCUGACCAUAUAUUAGCUGGCAGUUGUAUAGGUGUGAUGACUUAAAUAUUAUUUUCCAGUAUUCUUGUUUGCUUUCCAAUAUUCUUGAUUCCAUCAUCAUUUGGUUAUCUGGAUCUUAACCAAAUUGUCAAGGCAGAAUGCCAAGCUUUAUCUUUCAGUAGAUGGUUAGAAAAACCUUUGAGAUAGUUCUGAUUUUGUGUAUGCCUCUAGCAAAUCCUCUGAGACCUUUGCUUCGGAAGUAUAGUCAUGACUGUAAAUUUUGGUUUGCCUAGAUUACACCUCCUUAAUGUUUCUUUUUUGGUCUGAUUUGUGCUUAGCUUAUUGAAGGUGAGGUAUAGUGAUUUUCUUCUAAGCUUAAAUCACAUUUGUCUGUGCAUUUAUUCAAGUCACCUACAAAGCUUAAUUCCUUUUUCUUCUUAACCUUCUCAUUUUAAUCAGUCAUUGUCCCUUUUUAUUUAAAUAACUCUUGAAUUUAUCUUUUUUAUCCUGAACAUAGCGUAUAGCAGAUUACUUGCUACAAAGUAGAUAUCAGUAAGAUUUGAAUAUCUCUACUGUCUACCCAGAUUUAAAUCAUAAUUUCUUGGAUCAGUUGAAGUUAAGUAUUCUCAUUUCUCAUGCUUCUUUUUUAAAAAAAUAUUGAUUUAUUUAUUAUUGGCUGCUCUUGGUCUUCAUUGCUGCGUGCGCACUCUGCUCCUUGCAGUAGCUUCUCUCGUUGUGGAGCGCGGGCUCUCGGCACCCGGCUUCAG